UGCCGCGCAUGCGCUCCGUCUCUCUCUCCCCCCCCCCCGGUGUCCACGCCGGCGCGAGAGCCCCGCAGGUGUGCGUGUGAGGGAGGGAGGGAGGGGGUCGCCGCGAGGAAGGAAAGAUCGGUCCCUUCCACCAUGCCUGCUGCAGAAGAGGAAUUUAAGGAGAUUUGACACAUGCACACACCCUCCAGCUUUUUUGCUGUUGUGAUUUGCGGGAGCCAAAACUUUGGACUUGACCGAUGGAGUUGGCCGAAAAAACGCCCAUUUCAAGGGCCUUCACCAUGGUCAACGAGUCGCACAGCGAGCUUUCUCCGGUGAGCAACGGCCUCGGCGGGACCCGACUUGAUGGCGGCAGCAGCAGCAGCAGCAGUGGGGAGAGUUCCCAAAACAGCUCCCGGUGCUCCACUCCCAUCCUGGACACGGAGCGUCACGAGCGCCUGCGGGAGAAAAUGCGUCGCCGGCAGGAAUCCGGGGACAAGUGGUUUUCCCUGGAGUUCUUCCCUCCCCGGACGGCCAACGGAGCCGUGAAUCUCAUCUCCAGGUUUGACCGCAUGGGGGCAGGUGGCCCCCUUUUUAUCGACGUCACUUGGCAUCCAGCUGGCGAUCCAGGCUCCGAUAAGGAGACCUCGUCCAUGAUGAUGGCCACCACCGCCCUCAACUACUGUGGUCUGGAGACGAUCCUCCACAUGACCUGUUGCAACCAGAGCAGGGGAACCAUCACUGCCCACCUGCAGAAGGCCAAACGAUUGGGGCUGAAGAAUAUCAUGGCGCUGCGAGGAGAUCCCUUUGGGGAAGAAUGGGAAGAGGAACUGGAGGGCUUCAACCACGCAGUGGACCUGGUGAAGCACAUCCGUCAGGAGUUUGACGAUUAUUUUGACCUCUGCGUGGCAGGCUAUCCUGGGGGCCACCCAGAGGCCGAGAGCUACGAGGAGGACUUGAAACACCUCAAGGAAAAAGUCUCCGCCGGGGCAGAUUUUGUCAUUACUCAGCUAUUUUUCCGGACGGAGACCUUCCUCAAAUUUCUAAGGGAUUGCCAGGACAUCGGGAUCAGCUGCCCCGUGGUGCCAGGGAUAUUUCCCAUCCAGGGCUACCAUUCUCUCCGCCAGCUUGUGAAGCUCUCAAAAUUAGUGGUGCCUCAGGAAAUCAAGGACGUCAUUGAGCCCAUCAAGGACAACGAUGCGGCCAUCAGGAACUACGGCAUUGAGCUGGCCGUCAAGAUGUGCCGAGAACUCUUAGACAGCGGCCUGGUCCACGGUCUGCAUUUCUACACCCUGAACCGCGAGGUGGCCACCCUGGAGAUCCUCCGACGGUUGGGCCUCUGGAAAGAAGACCCGAGGCGUCCGUUGCCCUGGGCCAUCAGCGCUCAUCCCAAACGGCGAGUCGAAGACGUCCGGCCGAUUUUCUGGGCAUCCCGGCCAAAGAGCUACAUCUAUCGGACACAGGAGUGGGACGAGUUCCCCAAUGGACGAUGGGGCAACUCUUCGUCCCCCGCCUUCGGGGAGCUGAAAGACUACUACCUUUUCUACUUGAAAAGCAAAUCUCCCCGAGAAGAGCUCCUGAAGAUGUGGGGAGAAGAGCUGAGCAGUGAGGAGAGCGUUUACGAAGUCUUCAGGUGCUACAUUGCUGGGGAGCCCAACAGAAACGGACACAAGGUCACCUGUUUGCCAUGGAACGAUGACCCUCUGGCUGCUGAGACCAACCUCAUGAAAGACGAGCUGGUUAAAGUCAACAGGAGAGGCAUCUUGACCAUCAACUCCCAACCUAGCAUCAACGGAAAGCCUUCCACGGACCCCAUCGUGGGUUGGGGUCCAGAAGGCGGCUACGUCUUCCAGAAGGCUUACCUGGAGUUUUUUACCUCCGCUGAGAACAUCAAGGCUCUUCUCACAGUUCUGAAAAAAUACGGACAGCGAGUGAAUUACCACAUCGUCAACGUGAAGAGUCUCAACAUCUUUUGUAUAUUGUGGCGGCCAUAACUAGAUGCAGUGUUC